UCAACUUUCUUCCUCUCUAUCAGAACUCGAUAGUAACCAUGUCGAACCUGGGAACAAGUAAGGAACUUCCAAAAAACGAGGUCUCGAAGGAUACAAGUACCAAUGACUUGCCUCCUUCACAAGAAAUAUUCGCAACUCCGACAAAUGAGCAUUUCUUGACGAAAUAUUCUUAUCAUGAUCUCAAUUAUCUUGAGCACGAGAUCAGAUUAGUCCACGUAUUCAAGAAACCUGGAAGUGAUUUGAUCCACGGCAAUCUUCUCCCACCACAGAAGCUCGCAGACAUCAGCGGCAAAUAUCACACAAUAUCCUACUGCGCAGGUAGCGCCAAAAACACCAGACCUAUGAUCUUACAAGGGCUCGAGUUCAAUGUCUUUGCCAAUCUAGACUGUGCUCUUCAAGAGACACUGGCAUAUUGGAGCACUACCAAGUAUUCUGAGGACGACUGCAUUCUUUGGAUUGACCAGAUAUGCAUCAAUCAGCACAGUAAUUCAGAAAGAUCGCACCAGGUAGCAUUCAUGCGAGACAUCUAUUUAAAUUCUCAUGGAACGUUUAUUUGCCUCUCGACAGACCGACAAGACAAGCGUUGCCCAAACGCGUUUUCUUGGUUUUCGGAGCGAGAUGUAUAUCAGUAUACUGCUGAAUAUUCCUACACUAUUACGAUGGUAGAGUAUGUCAAAGGUUGGAAUGCCUUUUACGAUCUACUUGAAUGUCCAUGGUGGAGCCGGGCUUGGAUUCGUCAAGAGUUUGCUUGUUCCCAAACUGCAGUCUUCUUAUAUCACAAGGAAGCCCGCGACUUUUCCGAAUUGUCGUGGCUCCAAGCCAUCUGUCAUUCAGAUCUAGUCACCAACCCCCAUCACCCCGAGAAGUUUUUUCCUGAACUUUCACCAUCGAGAAGCGAGCUCAAGAACGAAAUGAAAACUCUCACCAACCGACACUAUCGCACUCUGGAGACUUGUCAUGUUGCUCGGUUCUUACUUCUUCAAAAGACAUUGUUGGGAAAUGGUCCGAUAGAGUGCAAUAUGGAUUUUAAGAAGUUGGUCCUGGAUGCUCGUCAUUCCAAGGCCACUGACCCCCGAGAUAAGAUCUUUUCCCUACUGGGACUUGCUCACCCAGGAUACAACAUCACGCCCAAUUAUUCCAAGUCUAAUACUCUCUCACACGUACUGAUCGAUAGUGCAGUCAAGAUAAUUCUUUUCGAGGGAGAUCUCAGCAUACUCUUACACGCGCCUCAACUUGCCAAGGCACCCUCAUGCCAAUUACCAUCAUGGGUGCCUGAUUGGACUUCCUCGACUGUUUCAACACUCUCUGUUUUCGGACACUCGGAGAACUUUCCACUCGCUAGCAUCACCACUCAGAUCAGACGAGAUGCCAUUGGUUCCAUCCGAUUUGGUAGGAGUACUGAUGGCGGUCAGAACACUGUUCUAAUUGUAAAGGCGCUACGCUUCGGUAUCUUGGAAACAUUCUGCAAGGAGCUCCCGAGUUUUGGGGGCAAGCGCUUCAUCUUAGAUGGUGGGGGUCGCCCCCAAUGCCGGAAUGAAGCUGAACUGGGUGAUGAAAUCUGGCUGCUCAUGGGCACAUCCUGUCCUUAUGUACUCCGUUCUACUGAGAAAGGAUACAAACUCAUCAGUGAGGUCGUUGCGAUAGAUGGCCAAAGUCCCCAGUCGCCCUUUGAAAGGGAACGACACAGGAUGCGGACAGGGCUUGAGGUGUUGGAGGAAAUUUCAAUAAUUUAGUGUCUAGCUGCUUAAAACCUAUGCGGAGACAGAGUUGCUACAAUAUGACUGGCUAUAAUGAGAAAACAUGCAAAACCAUCUUAG